AUGCUGGGAUCCGAACCAGCCAGGCAGCGGGGGCCCAACAACACGGACACGUGGACCACUGAGAAAGAAGGCGGCUUCGUGUCAGUGGCCUAUCCCCUGGUCAUGAUGAUCACUGGCGUAGUUGGCAACGCUCUCUCCUUGCUGCUGGUGUCCCGGAGCUACCUUCACAGGGAGGGCAAGGGCAAGAAAUCCUUCCUGCUCUGCAUUGGAGGCCUGGCGCUCACGGAACUGGCCGGGAAGCUGCUCACCAGCCCCGUGGUCAUUGCAGUCUACCUGUCCAGGAAGCCCUGGCAGCAACUCGACCCAUCGGGCCAUCUGUGCGACUUUUUCGGCCUAACCAUGACCGUGGUCGGCAUUUGUACCCUUUUCAUCUCCAGCAUCAUGGCAGUCAAAAAGAUGCUGGCCAUCCGUGCGCCGCACUGGUACUCCAUCCACCUGAAGACAGGAGCCGCCAGGGCUGUGCUACUGGCAGUGUGGCUGGCAGGACUCGCCUUUGCUCUGCUGCCAAUGGCCAUCAUUGGCCAUUACAGCAUCCAGUGGCCUGGAACGUGGUGCUUCAUCAGCAUAGAUGAGCGCGGCACCAACACAACCACCUCAGUGUACAAUCUGGCCAACGUCUUCUUUGCCUCCACUUAUGCCUUUUUGGGACUCACGGCUCUGGUGGUCACCUUCGUCUGCACCCUAGCAACGAUCAAGGCGCUGGUGUCCCGCUGCAGAACUAAGGCCACAGUGACCCAAGAGGAUAUGCGUUGGGUCAGGAUCACCACCGAGACAGUCAUUCAGCUCAUGGGAAUCGUGUGUGUAAACUCUGCCUGCUGGUCUCCUUUGUUGAUUUUGAUGUUGAAAAUCAUCUUCAACCAGAUCUCGACGGAACACUGUAAGAUGUCAAACUCCCAAGUGGAAAUACCUAAGGACUGUGACUUCUUCUUGACAGCCAUCAGGCUGGCUUCUCUCAAUCAGAUUUUGGACCCCUCGGUUUAUCUGCUGCUAAGAAAGAUGUUCCUCUGUCAGGUAGCAAACACUGUUUCCAAAUGCUCUCCAAAUGGACAGAAAGUCUGA